CCCACGUAAGCCAGAUGUGCAAGGUGGCCCAUGCGUCAGGAGUUCUUUGCAGCGGCUGGCUCUGACGUGCCCAUUCUCAACGCUUCUCUUUCAAGUAAACAAAGAACAUUGUGUUCUGAAGGCUAGCGAGGGAAGAGAGCCCAGCGUGCUGCGGCCGUUGCUUGCAUGGCACCCAGGUGCCACUGACGAUGGGCGAAAGGGCGGGGGACAGCGCCGAGGACGCCUGGUGGCAGCUGCGGCCCGUGGAGCCCCUGCCCUCCCAGUGCUGUGGGAGCGGCUGCUCUCCCUGUGUGUUCGACCUCUAUCAACGAAACCUGGCGAGAUGGGAGGCUGCUCGAGCCCGCAACGACGAGAGCCUGCUCCGAGGGAAGCAGUCACAGAGCGACUCCCUCAAGUUGAGCCCAGAGACCUUCUCGGCCUUCUGCAUCACUGCCAUGGAGCAGCUCACCAAGGACACCUACCACGUCCGCUUUGCACUGCCUGGAAACAGCCAGCUUGGCCUGAAGCCCGGGCAGCACCUUGUUCUACGAGGGGUGGUAGAUGGCUUGGAGAUUCAGAGAGCCUACACGCCCAUCAGCUCUGCCAGUGCAGAGGGGCACUUCGACAUGUUAAUCAAGUGCUAUCAAAAUGGGCUGAUGUCCCAGUACGUGGAGUCCUGGAGAACUGGAGACACUGCUUUCUGGCGAGGGCCCUUUGGAGGCUUUUUGUAUGAACCAAACAAGUAUGGCGAGCUGCUCAUGCUGGCCGCGGGCACAGGCCUGGCCCCCAUGGUGUCCAUCUUGCACAGCAUCACAGACAACGCAGAGGACGAGACCUUUGUCACCCUCGUCUGCUGCUUCAAGACCUUCGAGGGCAUCUACCUGAAGACCUUCCUCCAGGAGCAAGCCCGCUUCUGGAACGUCCGCAUCUUCUUUGUCCUCAGCCAGGAGACCUCCUCGGGGCAGCUUCCUUGCAGCUACCGUGAGAAAACCUACUUUGGCCGCCUGGGCCAGGAGCUGGUUCGAGAGCUGGUGGGCUCCUGUCGGAGGCAGCCGUUCGCACUGGUCUGUGGCUCACUGGAGUUUACUAAGGACAUGGCCAAGUGCUUGCUGUGUGCUGGCCUGGCUGAGGACUCCUAUUUCCUCUUCUAACCCUAGCCAAGGUUCUGCUACAGGGACACAGAAGAGUCCAAACCGUGGUGGCGCACGCCUUUCAUCCCAGCACCCGGGAGGCAGAGGUAGCAGGAUCGCCGUGAGUUCGAGGCCACCCUGAGACCACAUGGUGAAUUCCAGGUCAGC